AUGACGUCCACAUUGCCGCGCAGGCUCGCACUAGAGGAAGUGAAUGCGUUCAACGCAGAGGAUUUUCAUCGUUUGUUUGAUUCCAUCUUCGAGCAUUCGCCCUGGGUGACCGAGGGCGCGUGGCAGCUGUGGACCGGCUCGUACGGCAAGGUGCCCCUGCGCAGCGCUGUGCAUUUGUGGAGCCUCUUCAGCGUAGCGCUCUAUGGCGCGAGCAAGGAGGAUCAGAUGCGAUUGAUCCGUGCCCAUCCUUCGCUGGGCGAUGUAGCGCGCAUCGCCACCGAUGAAUCGCGUAGCGAGCAACGAGGAGCGGGUCUCCUGUCGAAUCUCACGCCCGAGGAGCAUGCUGAGCUUCUGCGGCUCAACAGCGCCUACUCCAGCAAGCACGCCUUCCCCUUCAUCCUGGCCGUCAAGGGGCACGACAAGCACAGCAUCGUUGCUCAUCUGCGCCGGAGGGCGGAGAAUGCCACCGAAAUUGAAUUCGACGAGGCUCUCGAUCAAAUCGCGCGCAUCGGCUGGUUCCGAUUGCUCGACAAGAUCGACGACGGACGCACGCCCCCUUCGACCCAGCCCCCCACCUCUCUCCCCCCGACCAAAGCAGGUCUGUAG